CCGAGGUCCUACCAGUUGUAGGCGCAGUUUCAAGCAAGGGGCAAAACACAAAUCGAUUGUUUAUUUUGUGUUUGUUUACAUUCUUCAAACCAUAGAAAUGGCUUCUACACUAAUUUCACCCAUGGUGGAUUAUUAUAACGACGAAGAAGAGCUUGACAGCGUAGAUGACGACGACGAUCGCAGUUUUCGGGGAAGAGACUCGGAAGAAGACACUGAAGAUGCGAGCGAGACGGAUCUUGCCAAACACGAUGAGGAUGAUUAUGUGGAAAUUAAGGAGCAAAUGUACCAAGAUAAGCUUGCGUCUCUGAAACGGCAACUACAGCAGUUACAGGAAGGUACGCUGCAGGAGUAUCAGAAGAGGAUGAAGAAGUUAGACCAGCAGUACAAAGAGAGACUACGAAAUGCAGAUUUGUUUCUCCAACUCGAGACAGAGCAGGUGGAGAGGAGCUACAUCAAAGAGAAGAAGGCAGCAGUGAAGGAGUUUGACGAUAAAAAGGUCGAGCUGAAGGAAAACCUAAUCGCAGAACUGGAAGAAAAGAAAAAGAUGAUUGAAAAUGAGAAGCUAACGAUGGAGCUGACAGGCGACUCAAUGGAGGUAAAACCAAUCAUGACACGGAAGCUGAGAAGACGACCCAACGAUCCAGUUCCAAUACCAGACAAGCGCAGAAAACCUGCACCAGCUCAGCUAAAUUAUUUGUUAACAGACGAGCAGAUAAUGGAGGAUUUAAGAACACUUAAUAAGCUUAAAUCACCAAAACGACCAGUGUCUCCCUCAUCACCUGAACACAUCCCCUCUGCUCCCAUGGAGAACCCCCCCCAGCGAUACGAAGCCCGCAUCGAAGAGGGAAAACUUUACUACGAUAAAAGAUGGUACCACAAGAGUCAAGCCGUCUACCUGGAGUCAAAAGACAACACAAAGAUAAGCUGCGUCAUCAGCUCUGUAGGGACCAACGAGAUUUGGGUGAGGAAAACGAGCGACAGUACAAAGAUGAGGAUCUACCUGGGGCAGCUGCAGAGGGGAACAUUCGUCAUCCGUCGACGGUCGGCUGCGUGAAACAUCUCCCCAGCUAGUCCCAUCUGUUCAUCUCCAUCAUCCUUCCAUCUUUUCGCUUGUUCGUUUGGGGUUUCCCACGAUGACUCUUCUCCUUUUGUGCCGGACUUUUAUUAGAAUCUUCAUGCACUACCCCCCACUGCACAAUAAAACAUGUUUAAAAGUUUGUCUUCAUCAAUUAAAUGCAACAACAGUAUAAGUGAUAAUUACUCGUCUGGCUGGUUCGCAGUAUUAUUUCUCACUGCGCAGCGUGUUUGUGGAAGCGGUUAACGCUGCUGUCAUCACAAGCUUUUUGAACACGAAGCAGUCCUGGUUAAAUGUCCCAUUGUCGUUCGUUCACACAAAAUUUCUCACAUCACAGAGAAAGCUGUGAAAACAGCAAGAACUGUCACGUGUUAACCGUAACUCCAACACUUGAAGUUAUUUUUACAAGUACUGUACACCUUUCAGCCUUUGCUUGUUCUGCAGAUGUUCAAAUGAUCUCUGGUAAAAAAAAAUAAUGUCCUGUUUGAAUUUAAAAAAACAGUUGCCUUGUUUCGAGUCCAUAUGUGAACGGUCCACGUGAAUUCAACUGUUGUUUGCAUGUGGAGCAAUGUCAUUACUUUUUCUCAAUGUUUCAGCAUUUGUAAUAAAGAAAAUUGCUUUAA